GUCAUGGAAGAGCUGCUAGAAGCUAUUCGCAAUCCAUUCUUCAUAGUCUAUGUGUCGGUUUUAUUGUCAUUCUGUGUGGUGAGUGGAAGUCAGCAACUGGGCGACAAAGUUGAACUGGAAUUCCAAGCGUUUCGACUUCAACAAUAUGAACUCAACGGCAAUGUCAUAGGAAGUAAACAUUUUCGAGUGCAGUAUGAAGCGGUGUCAUUGAAUUCAAAAGCGCUAAGAAAAUGCGUCGUGACAUCGUGGCGUGAUUUGACCAGCCGGCACCUCGAUGUCUUGUUGGAGACAACUGUCGGUGCAUUGCUGAUUAUAAUCCCGUCGGAUUUGGAUGCUUUGUCACCUGCGGAUAAAACGCUGUUUAUGGAGCUCGAGCAGAAACUAGCAACCGCUCGAACAGAUCUCGCUGUGUACGUUUCGCAUUCAUCUCCCGAGGCAAAUGCUAUUCUGAGUGACGUGCAGUCUGCCUCUGGUGUCAGUAUCUCGGCAACUCAGCAACUCAUCAAUUCGAUAGCGGCAAAUACAUUCCAGUUUACCUCGACUGGAUCGCCAUCGACGAGCCCAUUGACUUACAAGCCUAACAAUAUCAUAGGUCGCCUGAGCAGCACCGAACGGUCUGCUCCUACCAUUGCUUUUGUUGCUCACUAUGACUCACAUGCUGGUGCUGCUGUGGGUGCUGAUUCGAAUGGCAGUGGUAUAGUAGCUCUGCUUGAGUUGUUGGCAAUUUUUCGCAAACUCUAUGAGAAACCUUCCACGAGACCUCCCUUCAAUUUAGUAUUCGUUUGGACAGCAGCAGGAAAAUACAAUUAUCAGGGUGCAAGGCAAUUUAUCGAAGAUUUUCAAAGCGAUAAUUCUGGUAGGUGGUUUACCUAUGAUAACCGACUUGAGCUUGCAAUCUGUGUUGAGGCAGUUGGAGGUCCGGGACCAUUAUGGAUGCAUGCUUCAAAGCAGCCUGCUGAUGGGUCUGCUGCAGAUCGGCUCCUCAGACGUCUUCGCCUGGCUGCACCCAAUCAAAGUGUCGAGCUAGUCACAAAGAAAAUCAGCAUGAACCAACCAUCUGCAUGGGAGCACGAAAAAUUCAAUAUCAAACGUCUUCCUGCUGUCACUUUGUCUCGUAUAUCCAGCCACGAUAAUUCUAUCAGAAAGUCGAUGUUGGAUACGACAAGUCGAAUAAGCUUAGACGCAUUGGAGAAAAAUAUCCGAACCAUCGCCGAAGCUGUGCUUGGGCAUAUGCUUUCGCUACCUGAGGGUGGUUACUCGACUGAUCCUCGUGUAUCUGCUGAUACAUCCGUUUUGUCGCGGGAUGCUGUCGAUCGCCAACGACUAGCACAUGCAGUGCGGCUUUUUGCAUCGCGCCCACGACCAGUUGCAGAUGAAGCGGCUACGGUUGCUUGCGCGGCAAAUUUGGCAGUGGCUGUCACUGUAUCACCUGUUUCUAUGCAUGAAGUGCAAAUAUGGCCUGGAACUUCCGACCGCCUUUUGGCCGAGCGAGUGAAACCAGCCGUGUUUGAUUUGAUUAUAGCCUGUGGUGUUUUCGGAUACUUAGCUAUGUUUUACUACGUGAGCACAGCUUUUUUCUUCUCUACAUUUAUUCGAGGAUUUUUGGAACGGGGGUACUGUGUAUCUUUUUUUUUAGAUUGCCAGCAGAGCACAGCGAGCGCUUGA